AUGGAAACUACUGUGAUACAGCGCAGUUCCCUGAACAAGUCACGCUCAGAGCAAAUCGUCAUUGUUAUGCGCCACGGGGAGCGUCGUGAUGGGGGCGUCGAUGCACAGCCGGAGGCAGAUCCGCCGUUGACGGAGAACGGGGUGGCGCAAGUAGAGGAAGCUGCCGAGAGGCUCCGUAUCAUGGUGGGGGAGAACCGCGCAAAAAAGUUGCUCCUCUUUGUGUCCCCGUUUCUGCGAACGCUGCAGACCGCACAAGAACUACAAAAAUGUGGCAUCGGCGUCGCCACGCCGCAUGUUAUUGACAACACGCUAUGUGAAGUUUAUGGCCCUUCGAGGAUAAAGUGCGGCGCUCCACCGUCGCUGUCCGAUGAAAUCGUAAAGAGUGGCUGUGGUGAACUACCGCAAUGGGGAGAGUCUAUUGAAUUAGCAUCGCAACGAUACGUUGAGAACUUGCACCGCAACUGUCGCCUCUACCCAUGCAGGCACUUAUUGUUUAUAACACAUGGUGACGCCAUCAGUGCAAUUCUAAGUGCCUUCUACCCAAUGCGCACGGUUUAUGCGGCGGAGUACCUCUCCUUCAUUGUACUACGCAAGAGACCCUUGAAUAUGUACCGGAACGGGGAAGCAUGGUACGAGCUGCUUGGUGCGAGUGGCGUGGAGUGGGUGGUGGAUGGGCCGGAGAGCAGCUACGCGGAGGUGUAUGCACGUGAGGAGGAUAGCGUCUCGGGUAGAGGAGCGGAUGGUACCGCCAAUGCAUGGUGCCCUUUUACAAACAGUUGUGGCUACACCUCCACGGAGUCUAAUGGGGGUCUGCUCAGUACGGAGUCUGUGGCAACGCAGCAGCGAAGCGAAAUGUAUUGCAAAGACUACUCACAUUUCUCUUCGCUGCUGCGUUUGGCGAUGGUGUGCUCGCAGCUUUUGACCUUUGUUGCAUGGCCGAGUAAAGCGGAUGCCGCGAUGUAUAUGGUUGUGGUCGCGGUGCUGGAGGCAAUGUACAUUGGCGUCGGAUGUCACGCUUCGCGGUGGCCACGGCUGUCUGUAUGGUUAAGGUUGUUUGAGUUUUCCCCUGUCCCAGGAGAGUGUCGCAAGACAUUUGUGGGUUCUGACAAUCCGUCCACACUCCGCCUACUUGCGGUGCAAUUUUUUGCAACAGUUAUAAAGGCUGUUGUUAUAUUCAUACUGUGUAGUGUCCUAGCAUUUUUUGUGAAUUUAUUCGGUCUGUCGCCGUUUGAAAUGCUGAACUCUUACACGACAUGUUUCACAGUGCCUGCGAGCAUUCUCGUGUACCUACUCUUCUGGUUGCUCAAUACAGGUCGUGGGUACUACGAUGUGAAGCACGGGGAUAGUGAGGAAGAGUACUUUUAG